AUGCGUGUUGCUGUUGUAGCCGUCUUGGGUGAACCACCUGUCUCAGGCAAUCAUCGACGUGCUCCCUAUCCUGCCGCUGGCUGGCGACCUCGAGUGCCCUUCAAUCUGCCUAGGGAAUAUUUGCCGUCAAAUGAGGAACCGGCAGAGCCGCAGCGACUGCGGCCCAGCGUGGAGGUUACCAAAGAGCGCGUUGACUUUGCUGGACAAUUGUUGGGAACCGGUGCACUGAAUGAACCUCAAUCUAAUUACUUGCCCCCUCGGUUAGAUGUGCCCAAUGAACAGGCCUUGCCGAGCCCAAAUGAAGCUGAACUUUUUAAUAGGGAGAGGAGCACUAAUUCUCCUAUAAAUACACAGCAACCUGCCGCUCAGUAUGGCCCACCAACUAACCUAGGUUUUAGAAUAAUCUAUCCUGAUGAUGACGACACAUCCAAAGAGAUAUCUGACACUGAUAGACUUCGGCCGGCAGGUCAGUAUGUGGACUUUAAAGAAGGUCGGUACUAUAUUGUUUCACCAGACAAUAAAUUGCAACGUGUAGUUUAUCGGACUGUCCAAAAUGCGGACGAACCGACAGGGGAUGGCUUUACAGCACAGCUUAAAUAUUCAACUAUUGGCGAACUUCAAGAUCCCAUCUACAAAUACAACAAAGAAGAGCAGCUGGUACGAGUCUUAAAAUGA